CUUACUUAGCUGGGUUAAUUGAAGGUGAUGGACAUAUCGCUGUGCACGAUAAAAAUUCUAAAUCUAAAGUAUAUCGUCCAAAAAUUAUUAUUGUUUUCAAUAUCCAUGAUAGACCUUUAGCAGAAAAAUUAUCUGCUGUCUUUAAAGUUGGUAAAGUAGUUAGCAGAUCUAGUGCGGGUCAUGUUUUACUACAAAUAUUAGCUAAAGAAGAAGUAUUAAAGAUCAUUAAUCUUAUUAAUGGUCGUAUGCGUACUCCUAAAAUAGAAGCUUUACAUAGAGCUAUAUGUUGGAUAAAUGAAAAGGAUAAUAGCUCUAUACCUUAUUUAGGUUUAGAUACGUCAUCUCUAGAUAGCAAUAGUUGAUUAGCAGGUUUUACAGACGCGGACGGAAAUUUUUCUAUAGUUUUAACCCAUCAAAAGAAAAAUGGUAAAGUUGGAGCUAAAAGAGUCCAAACCUUUUUCCGUAUAGAAGUUAAACAAAACUAUCCUAGAGAAGUUCCCGCAGAUAAAGGUGGAGCUAGUUAUUUUAAUAUUAUGACUAUGAUUGCUGAAUUCUUUACUGUAAAUCUGUAUACUAGAACUAGAAGUGUAGAUGACAGAGUGUUUUACGCUUUUAUGGUUAUAUCUCAUAAUUAUAAAAGUCAUGAUAUAGUUCGUAAUUACUUUGAUCGUUUCCCUUUAUAUUCCUCUAAGUAUUUAGCUUAUAAGGAUUGAUGUCGUGUUCAAGAUCUCUAUAGAGUAACCUGUUUAAAUAAAGAGGGUCUAGAUGAAAUAAAAGCAAUAAAAGAUCAAUUCAAUAGUAAGCGUAAAGUAUUUAAUUUCUCACAUCUGGAAUAUUUAACAUUU